UUCCCGUCACCCGCCCGCCCGCCCUCCGCGCUGCUGAUGGUCGCGGGCACCGAGCGCCAUGGAAGUGGUGAACCAGCUGGUGGCCGGGGGUCAGUUCCGGGUGGUGAAGGAGCCCCUGGGCUUCGUGAAGGUGCUGGAAUGGGUUUUCGCCAUCUUUGCUUUCGCGACCUGCGGCAGCUACACGGGCGAACUGCGCCUGAGCGUGGACUGCGCCAACAAAUCGGAGAGUGACCUCAACAUCGCAGUGGAGUUCGCCUAUCCCUUCAGGCUGCAUCAAGUGUACUUCGAUGCCCCGACCUGCAAAAAUGAGAUGACGUCCAAGGUCUUCUUGGUGGGAGACUACUCCUCAUCGGCCGAGUUCUUCGUCACGGUCGCCGUCUUUGCCUUCCUCUAUUCUCUGGGCGCCCUGGUGGUCUACUUCUUCUUCCAGAACAAAUAUCGCGAGAACAACAAGGGCCCUAUGAUCGACUUCACCGUCACAGCCGUCUUCGCCUUCCUGUGGCUGGUGAGCUCCUCAGCCUGGGCCAAAGGCCUGUCUGAUGUCAAGAUGGUCACGGACCCAGAGAACAUCAUCAAGGAGAUGCCCGUGUGUCAGCAGCGAGGUAACGAGUGCAAGGAGAAGCUGGAUCCCGUGACGUCCGGCCUCAAUACCUCUGUGGUUUUUGGCUUUCUGAAUCUGGUCCUGUGGGUUGGAAAUCUGUGGUUUGUGUUCAAGGAGACCGGCUGGGUGGCCCCAUUCAUGAAGUACCCGCCUGCCGCCCCUGAGAAGCAGCCAGCUCCUGGGGAUGCCUAUGGAGAGUCAGGCUAUGGCCAGGGGCCUGGAGGCUAUGGCCAGCAGGACUCGUACGGCCCCCAGGGUGGCUACCAGCCCGACUACAGCCAGCAGGGCUACGGGCAGCAACCCGACUACAACCAGCAGGGCUAUGGACAGGGAGGGCCCACCUCCUUCUCCAAUCAAAUGUAGGCUGGUUAAUGCCCGGGAGGCCCCCACGGAGGGGGGCGAGGCCCCAGGAGGAUGCCGGCCCCAGUGCCCGCCCCCUCGUCUCUGCCCUCCGUGCCCCAGGCAGUCCAGCGCCUGCCCCCGGGGCCGUAGUUGUCUUUGCUGUUUAUAUAUAUUAUAUAUAAAUAUAUAUAUCUGUCUGGAGCGCCCCACCUGCCGCCCCCACCCUGACACUCUGUGGCGCUGUGUGUUAGUCAUGA